AUGGCGGAAGCAACGCCGUUUGUACGACCAUAUGACGCAUCCCGUGACUUCCAGCAUGGCAUGCACGUAUAUCUCUCAACCAUCGACUCAGUUCUCGACUGGGAACCCGCACGUACCAUAGGUUCGCACCUAUGGUACAGGCCCUAUGUCGCUCUGACACCAGAAACAUGUUUCGUGCUUGACGACGGCAACGGGCGCGUAGUUGGGUAUUGCAUCGGCACAGCAGACACACUGUCUUUUGCGCAGCGCUGGCGCGAAGAGUUUGCUCCAAGUGUAGACCGCACGCUUGUUCCUCCUGAUGUACACGUCGGUGGUGACGAUGAUGCUGCGUCACUCAUGGAAAAAGAGGAUAUUAGGCAUUUUCGGAAAGCGGUGUAUGAGGCUGAUUGUAGUAUGCUGCAGCCGUGGCCGGAGACUUUACGGCGGUAUCCGGCGCAUAUUCAUAUUGAUAUCUUGAAAGAAUAUCAGAGGAAGAGGUGGGGGACUGUGCUGAUGAAGAGGUUCCUUGAUAAAGCUAGGGAGUUGGGGGCGAGUGGGGUGCAUUUGGAUAUGGUGCAGGCGAAUGUAAAGGCUCGGGCGUUUUACGAAAGUAUUGGGUUUAAGCUUUGCCAGCAGGUAUUGGACGGAGGAGAGAGUGGUGGUCCUGGUGUGAAUGGUAUUGUGGUGACUUUGGUCAAAGAUCUUUAA